AAAAAGACCAAAACUGCUCAUAAGUUGCAAAAAUAUGGUGCGUUAGUUUCCUCACUCAAAAGAUGAGGGACUAAUCGCUUUCUUCUCGUUCUCUCUUUCACAUUCAAACUCGUCGAAUCCAAUUUGUAACAGUUGUUCAAAAUCUCAAUCGAAGUGAAAAUUACUUGUUGAUUUGCCAUAAUAAUCGACUUGGUUCGAAUAUACUGCAGAAGUUUGGUUUUGGGAGAAUGGAGGAGCUGCUGGUGGGGAAGCAUGUUAAGUACAUUAUAACAGUUGAGAAGAGGAAAGAUGAUUUUGAAUCUGUGGUGAUGGAGCAUUUGAGAUUAAAUGGGGCAUACUGGGGAUUGACAACUCUGGAUAUCAUGGGCAAGCUUGGUGCAGUGGAGCAAGAUGAAGUUAUUUCAUGGGUCAUGCAGUGCCAACAUGAAUCUGGUGGAUUUGGUGGUAAUAUUGGACAUGAUCCGCAUGUUCUGUAUACACUUAGUGCUAUUCAAGUCUUGGCAUUAUUUGAUAAAAUACAUGUCCUUGACAUUGAUAAGGUGUCAAAUUAUAUUGCAGGUCUGCAAAAUGAAGAUGGAUCAUUUUCUGGUGAUAUAUGGGGUGAAGUUGAUACACGUUUCUCUUACAUUGCUAUCCUUUCACUCGCAUUGCUGCACCGGUUAGAUAAGGUUGAUGUUGGAAAAGCAGUGAAAUAUAUCUUAAGUUGCAAGAAUGUGGAUGGUGGAUUUGGAUGCACACCGGGAGCAGAAUCUCAUGCGGGGCAAAUUUUCUGUUGCGUGGCAGCUCUCGCAAUUACAGGGUCUCUACAUCAUGUUGAUAAGGACCUCCUUGGUUGGUGGUUAUGUGAAAGACAAGUCAAAUCUGGGGGACUAAAUGGUCGCCCAGAGAAGCUUCCUGAUGUAUGCUACUCUUGGUGGGUUCUUUCCAGCUUAAUUAUGAUCGACAGGGUUCAUUGGAUUGACAAGGGAAAGCUUGUAAAAUUUAUUUUGGACUGUCAGGACAAGGAGAAUGGUGGAAUUUCAGAUAGGCCAGAUGAUGCAGUUGAUGUCUUCCAUACUUACUUUGGAGUUGCUGGACUUUCACUUCUUGAGUAUCCAGGAAUAAAGCCGAUAGAUCCUGCUUAUGCCUUGCCUGUUGAUGUUGUAAACCGAGUUAUGCUUGGCAGAUAAUCUCUGGGUUUUUGCUCCAUUCUAGCUAAUAACAGCAUUCUCUUGAUAUGAGAUUAGCAGAAACAGUUUCCCUUGAUGACAGGCGGAUUGCGUUACCAAUGCUGCAACAUUUUUUCAUCAUAACGGCUCUUUCAGGAAGAAACAAACCUAAAGCAGGGAUCCAGGAUUUUAACUUUAUGGGUUUAGCCUUUGUAGUUUUCAGCAUAACUCAUUAUAAUUCUUAAGUUACAUUUUCAGAUUUGAUAUCUGUUGGUAUUUUUAGUGAUUUUUCGUUUAUAUAUACUACAUCUUGUUGCAAGCAGCAACAGUGUAAUAAUUGUACCAACUUUUACCAUGUUAAACUAAAAUCAGUGCAUUAUAUUCUUUUCGUGUU